AAAUAAGUGAAAAGAAAAAAGGGAAAUCUUCUUAAAAAAUUUAAUUAAAUUAAUUUAUGUGAAAAGCAAGGCUCUGUAAUGCGAAAAUAUCCACUUCAGUUGGUUGGAUUUAAUUAAAAUGGAUACAAUUGUUACUGUUAAUGUAUGCGUCGUCUUAUACGAAUCAGUUGGCUGAUUGGUUGGAAUUAAUUUCUUAUGGACUAAAUCGCCAUGAAAAAUGUAAAUUCUUAUAAAGGAUUUCAAAUGCUUAGCAAGGAAGCCCAACAGAAUUUGCAAUUGUACGAGUACGCGGUUAUUUCCCUUAUGAUAAUUUUGGCUAUAACUUCCAUUGUAUGGAGUCUCACGAUGCAUAUAUUAUCUGGCGAUUUCUAUAACGGUUUCAUAGGUUUCAAGUUAGCAUUUCGCGAACGCGAUUUUAAUCAACUUAAUGAAUACGAAAUGAAUCUAUUGCAACGCGAUCUCAAACGAAUAAUCAACGAUACCAGAAUGUCUUCGUGCGAUGAUGGCAUAAAAGCGGAUUUGUUAAUAAUGUCUAAAGAGAGUUUCGCCGUUACUCGUACAAAUGGAAAAUUUUAUAAAGUGAAACAAACAUUUCAUAAUAGUUUGAAUAGCGAAGAAACCGAUAACACAGACAUGUCCACUGCCACUAAUAAGGACGACUAUCAUCGAAGCACAAAGGAUUUGAGAAAUAAUUCAAAGUUUGCUUUCAAAUCGGAAGGCGAUUGCAAAUUCCUGAAGCAAAUGUCCAUUGAUGUGCAUCGCACUGAAUGGUUCCGUAAUGUUACGGUGCAAUUUAUUUAUAGCUUUCCAUUCCUAUCGGAAAUUAUAGCGAUUGUUUGGACGGUAAUGUGUUUUGUAUUUCAAUCGGGCGUUAAAAAGCAAUGGGGUUUACCGAAACCUUGGCUUAUCGUUAUGCCGUCAAUUGUAGUGUUUGCACUAAUGGUCGUUACCAACGUAGCCUAUAUAAUCUUAGCUAAUGGACUUUUAAAGGCAUUCUGCCGCGAAUUAAUAGACAAUCUCAAUAAAGCCGAAACGAUCAGCUGUGGUGAUGCUAUGUCGGUGUUACGCCCAUUUAUACGGGAUCAUGUAUUCUCUCAUGAUGUCUACUUAAAUAUUUUUCGUAUUAGUUAUAUUAUGGCUUUGGUGCUAUGGACUUGCGCUCUAUUAAUAAUGAUUGCUCGUUUCCUGCUUGCUAUCGACUUUCAAUUGGUCGAUAUCGAGAUAGAUUGUGAUACAGAAUUACCUGAGUGUGACACAAAAGGCGAGGAAUUUGUAGAAAUUUUACUACAAUCGCCCGUUAAAGAAAAACUGCAAACGCCGCAAACACUAACAGUAACUAUCGAAAGGCCAAAAUCCGAAGACGAUUUCCUAAGUGCCAAAUCGCAUUUUAGCGAUAUGGGCGCAAAUGUCUUAGAAAAUUUGAAUGCUACGCAAAAACAAAAAUAAAAUCAAUCUAUGAGAAAUCAUUUUUUUAAAUUUACAAAUAAUAUUUUUUAAAAAAUCUCAGGAAUUAUUAGAAAUCGAAUCUCGUACUAUUUUAUUUACUUCAUUUCACAAUCAUAGAUAAAUCUUUAAGGACGUAAAGUGACUUUCUCACAAGGGCACCUUUCUCAUUGAAUAGAUAGUAAUUUUUCUGGUUAUUGACAGUUUAUAAACAUACAACUGCAACUUUAUGAUUAGAUGGCCAUGCCAUUAGCCAGUCGGUCUUGACUUUUCGGAAACCAUCACAAGUAGAAGAAACCAGAUCCAUAGUUAAUUUGGGAUGGAGAAGAAAUUAAAAUCGAUUCUUUAAGUCUUUCUGGUGUUUUUAGUGCUCUACUGGUUUAAUGUUAAAACAUUCAUCUCAACAGUUU